GACGUAAUCAUCACAAGGCGGCGGCAGUGAUUGGGCACUGCGGGCUGUUACGUGCUGAAGCCUGGAAGCAUCACAGAGAGACAGAAAGAGAUUAUUUUAGUUCCGACUGCCUGUAGGACGGGUGCAAAGAUGGGUCUCGCUACAAAAUAUUCUUAUCAGCAAAUAAACCAUGACAAUUCAGCAAGUCGCCCAGAAACUGACCCCAGAAAUGUUUUACGAAGGUACCUGCUGCUGAAAUACAUCCAGUACCUGAUUCUGCCUUCCUCGAACUUCUUGGCCUCUGUGUUUGGAAUGCUGGGAAGCGUUUACACAGCAGUGGUCCUCCAGUCCCCUUCCAUCUCUCGCAAGUCCUCCACGGUAUUCAUCUCCCACCUGGUUCAAGCAGAUGUGCUGGUCCUUCUCCGAAUCGCAGAGCUCCUCCAGGGCUACACGGAUGUCAAACUGCUGGCUGGUGGGCCUAGCUUUCUGGAGGGCCUCUGUCACAACCUCCUGAAUGCCAAUGAGCAUGCAAGCUUGCUGCUACUCAGCUGCCUCAGUCUGGAGGUCCUGCUCAUCACUGUCUUGCCAGUUGAGUCACGGGGCCUCAGGACAGUUCGUUGGGCCCGGCUGGCCUGCACCUUGAUCUGGGUAGCCGUGCUAGGGGAGUUAGCCGUUUUGCAGGCUGCAGAGAGCCUCCAGCGAGCAGGCCUCAGUUUCCAUGGAGACCACAGCCUGGACUUCCCGCUGCUCCAGGGCUGUGUAUGGGCAGCCCCUCUCCUCCGGAUGGUCUCCCAAGUCCUAGGGGUCCUGCUGUGGCUUGGCAAUGCCUAUGUUUAUUACCAAGUUUUCUACAGAGCACCUCUUAGGAGGAAAAGCUGUUGAUGAUUCAACUAGCCCCGUUAAAUGACUACACUAAAGCAUUUUUAAAGAGAUUUAAUUGAAUUGUUAUUUAUUAUUAUUAUAAUUUUAUUUUUAAAUCUAUUUUAUUUAUUUAUUUAUUCAAUUUCUGAUUUACUUGAGUGCUUGAUGAGUCAAUGGUUCAGCUGGAGUUUGACUACAGAUAUUUAUUUUAGUACAGAAAAAAAAAAGACUUUUACCUCUUGAAAAAAAAUAUAGGCUAUAAUACACUGAUUGGUCAUAAAUGUAAGCAUAUGUAAGACUGCAAGUACAAUUAGAAAAUCUCCUAGUCUACAAUGUCUGUUGUUACAUGAUGUGUCACGUGACUCAGAAGCCAUGUGUGAAAGCAGAAGGUUCUCAGUGAUUCCACAAAGGGAAUGAUGUUGAGUGUAGGUCCAACUGACUUGUCCCCUAACGCAGUGGCUGCAUUCACCAGCCAGGCCCAAAUCAGAGAAACCUUCAACACUGGAAAAGACACGUCUGAACAAUGCAAGGGGAGCUCUGUGGUUCUGACCACUGCUGAAGCCAUUGUCAUUGUAUAUUAUAU